AUGUUUGAGAUAUCUGGAAACCUGCACAUUUCUCUAGUGGAUAUCACAUCGAUUCAUGGAUCUUUAGAUAAUACUAUCCAUCUCACCACUGUGAUCAGUUCCAAUGAUAUAGUCCAACAUAUCCCAUAUUCUGAACUGUCAAAAUUCCAUGUCAUUCUAAAGUCAUGCAGCCCAGAUCCCCCUCCUUUCAUUUACAAUCCUGAAACCCAAAUCUUUUUCACUGGAUACCUUACUGCUAGUACUUUUGGUGGUUACCCCGAGGUUACGGUUGGCGAAGGAAAGUGGGUGUUACACCAAGGCCAAAGCUUUGAAUUGGUCAAGGAAUUUCACAAGGCUCGCGUCUGGGGAUCUGGAUAUGUGGUAAAGGUUAAUUACAAUUGGACUGCUUGUCGACAAAGCUAUGUGACUGUUCAGGACGCAUUACCAAAGAAGGGGGCCUCGAUCUGA